UCCUCCCGCAGCCGCCACCGGUUGCUCCCCGAGCCCUGCCUUCUCGCCUCGGCCCGCCGUGGCCCCUGUGGUCUCCCCUCCGCUCGUUCCCCCAGGACUGACCCUCGUGCCCUUGAGGCCUUUGGGAGACAAGCGCUAAGUAGGUGGGGCUCACGGGAGACCUCGGGCGGCUGGACUGGACGAGGCCGGAGGGCCCCGCGGGCGCUGCCCGUCCCCAAACGUGGAAGGGGCGCCCUGCAGUGAAUGGGCUGCCCUGCGCCGCCCCGGGAGCGCCAGGCCGCCGCCCAGUUCCCGAAGGCGAAGCGGGCUGUGUUCGCUUGGCGGCGCCUCCUCGCCUUUCCCGGACGGCGAAGCCUCCUUGACCCUUCCGGGCAGAGCCAGGCGCGGCAUGAAGGUCGAAUUUGCCCCGCUCAAUAUUCCCCUGGCCAGAAGAUUACAGACAGCGGCCGUGUUUCAGUGGGUCUUCUCCUUCCUGCUGCUAGCACAGUGUUGCUGUGGCAUCUUUAUGAUCUUCCUUUUUGGGGACUACUGGUUUAUCUCAGCGUUUUAUGCACUCUGGCUCUACCUUGACUGGGAAUCACCUCACACUGGAGGGAGGAGAUCUCAGUGGGUCAGAAACUGGAUGGUGUGGAGGUACUUUAAGGAAUACUUUCCAAUCCAUCUCAUAAAGACUUCUGAUUUGGAUCCAAGUAAAAAUUAUCUCUUUGGAUUUCACCCUCAUGGUGUCCUUGUUGCUGGAGCCUUUGGAAACUUCUGCACUGAAUAUACUGGAUUUAAGAAGCUGUUCCCUGGUCUGACUCCAUAUCUUCAUAUCCUGCCUUUCUGGUUCAGAUGUCCUUUUUUCAGAGAUUAUAUUAUGUGUGCAGGAAUGGUCUCAGCAUCAAAGAAGAGUGUGUCUCAUGUGCUGAGCAAUGAAAGAGGGGGAAAUGUUGCUGUGAUUGUAAUUGGAGGGGCAGAAGAGUCUUUGGAUGCUCAUCCUGAAAGCAUAACUCUUAAUGUUCUCAAAAGGAAAGGGUUCAUUAAAGUUGCUUUGAAACAUGGGGCUCAGCUAGUUCCAGUGUUUUCUUUUGGUGAAAAUGAAUUGUUCAAGCAAGUUGCCAAUCCGAAAGGAACAUUGCUGAGAACAUGGCAAGAAAAGCUACAGAAGAUUAUGGGAUUUGCUAUGCCUCUGUUUCAUGGCCGAGGGGUCUUUCAAUAUAGUUUCGGCUUGAUGCCUUAUAGGAAACCUAUUCAUACAGUUGUUGGGAAUCCUAUUGCUGUGAAACAGAAUCCAAAUCCCACCCUUGAAGAGAUUGACCAACUCCAUAAGAUAUAUCUGCAGGAACUGCAAAGAUUAUUUGAGAAAAACAAAGAAAAGUAUGGAAUACCCGAACACAUGUCUCUCACCCUUACCUAAAUAUAAGCAGUGGAGAUCUGGUGCAGAUGCCUGCGGAUGAGGAAGGAAAUAUCUCGGUCUCAAAAGACUUUCAAGAGUUUGCAUCCUUUUUGCAUAACAGUAACUGAAGUUAGAAAAGACUUGUUAAUUUUCAAAAACAUGUCUGGUGUGCAUUUACUUUUGGUGUGAAUUUGAGUUUCUCGAUUGAUUCAUACUAUUGACUGCAGAUAUUUCUCCCUCUUCCUGCUUCAAAUGGAUCUGCUUUUUUUGUGGUACUGGGGGCAAGGGCAGAAAGUAGAUUUCUGGGUGAUUUGUAAUAGAUUGGCAAGGAUUUCCAAUCACCACUUAUUUCACAAUGAAAGCAAUAAAAGGUUCCUCUUCCAUAUAACGUAUAGCACAGAAGCAAAGAAUGAUUUGAGUAAAGAGGAAUGGAUUUUUGUGUACAAGGGCUGUUUAGUUUCAAUACUCAGAUCACCUCUGUUAAAAUGGACGUGUACUAUGACAAAAAGGGAUUAUGCAAAAAACAACAACAACAACCUAGUAGGCUUCUCUUAUUUUAUUCAAUCAAUAUCAGAAUGGUUGCAGAGGAGAAAUUCCAAAGAGUAUGCUUUUAUUCCUUAAAAAAAUCCACUUGACAAGUAUGUUACUAUAUUUUUUGCAGCUGGAAGCUUAUUCACCAAGAAACAGAUGGGAAGAAAUGAAGUUGAUAUCUUGUGGUACAACUUCAUAAACAUUGGACUGUCCUGACAAUUCUCCAGUUUUGAUUUUUAGGCUGAACAUAACCUCAGUGAGGAGUAAAUAUUUCAUAAUUGUUAACUGCAUUGGAACUGCAUUAGAUCAGUCUGUCUCUAUCUCUGUAUAUCUAUAUACAGUAUGUAUCAUUACAGUGGUGCCCCGCUAGGUGACGACCUCGCAAAACGAAUCCGCAUGACAAUGAGGUUUUGGUAAGGCAGUGCGGCUGUAGGAUGGUUCCCACGGGGCAUAGGGAGGCUGAAGGGGGCAGGGCUUUUUUUCUUUCUUUUUUUAAGAUAGCCCCACAGGCUAUCCAAAAAAAAUGACAACUA